GUUUGUCCUUCAUAAUCGACAAGGAAGUUACCAGCUCUGUAGCACUGUGCCGAAGCAGCUGAAGAAUCUAGAGGCAACAUGAAUUCCACACAAGAGAGAGGACAACUUUGGACACCGUUGGAUAUUUUCUACACAGUCACAAAUGUGAUCAUCUUCAUCCUGGGUGUCGGUGGAAAUGGUUUGGUGAUCUGGAUUGCAGGAUUUAAGAUGAAGAGGUCGGUCAUCAGGAUCUGGUACCUGAGUCUGGCUGUAUCUGACUUCCUGUUCUGCACCUUCUUGCCUUUAAAUAUUAUCUAUAUAGUCACCCAUGAGUGGAUCCUUGGGGUCUUCUUGUGCAAGUUGAUGUUCUUCAGCAUGUACUUCAACUGGUUUAGCAGCAUCUUCCUCCUCGUCAUCAUCAGCGUGGACCGCUGUGUGGUCGUCAUGUUUCCUGUGUGGGCUCAGAACAAACGUACUGUGAGAAAGGCCUUAGUGAUAGUAAUGAUAGCUUGGAUCAUCUCAGCUGCUUAUUGCAUGCCAUCAGCCAUUUCCCUAGAAGUUCAGCAAGAUGACCACCAGGAGACAAAACUUUUUUUCUACAAUUACUCAAAUAAUCAAGAGCUCACCGCUGACGUGACGUGUGAUUUCAUUAUUGGAUUUGUGAUCCCGUUCCUGCUCAUUGUCAUCUGUUAUGUUGUCAUCAUACGAAAGCUGAAACCCACCCAGAUGACAAAGUCCAAAAAGCCAUUCAAGAUCAUGACGGCACUGGUUGCAACUUUCUUCACCUGCUGGCUGCCAUAUCACAUUUUUGCUUUAAUGGAACUAAAUUACAAAAAAUAUGAUAAUUUUCUCAUUACAGGAGCCACAGUUGUCCUCAUUCUUGCCAAUGCGAGCAGCUGUCUGAACCCGCUUCUGUAUGCGUUCAUGGGGAAGGACUUUAAACGGCAAUGCUAUUCGCUUUUGACAAAGAUUGAGAAUGCAAUUGAGGGUGAGGAGGACAAGUACACUCUCCGAGGGACAGGCACUACCAGCACUGGGGAAAGCAAACUUGCAACUGGCAAUAAUUUAAAUAGUGUUGCUUCUUUCGACCAAUUGUAAAAAAAUUCAGAUCAAAGUGGUGUGAGUGCAAACAAUUCAACUUACCCCACUGGUAAAGUUAAGUGUAGUUGACGAGAGAAAAUAUUUAAUAGAUGCUGUGUCAAACAUGGGGCAUUAAUUUUUAACCACAAAGCGAAUUAGCUGGUAUCAAAACAGUACUGUUUUGGAGACAGUCAUAACAGGAUGUAAAAUUAACCCUGCUGUGUGAAGACUGCGCUGCGCUGCUCAGUGGUUGAUUUGCUGUUGUGUUGUUAAAUACUUGCAUAUGUCUAUGUAUGCCUACUGCAAGCUCUGUAUUUCGACCAGUUGCUGUAUUUCAUGGUAACUGAUCAUUUGUGUGUAUAUGUGUACAUAUUAUAUGUAGAUUUGUAGUUAAUGUGUAUUAUAUAUAUUAGUCGGCAACUUUCUGCCGAGUCAAUCGCUACAGACCUCCAAACUUCAUGUGGCCUUUAGAUUAACUCCGUAACAGUGCAGACUUCAUGGAAUGGGUUUUGAUGGCCAAGCAGCUGCAUCCAAGCCUUACAUCACCAAGCGCAAUCCAAAGCGUCGAAUGCAGUGGUGUAAAGUACCAAAACUGGACUCAGUGGAGUCCAGUGGAGAGCAGUGGAGACAUUUUCUUUGGAGUGAGGAAUCACGCUUCUCCGUCUGGCAAUCUGAUGGAUGAGUCUGGG